CAUUUGAAAGGCUGGAAUCUGGCAUUGACUAUUUUAAUCUUUCGACUUGUUUGCAACCAAUAUGCCGGAUAUUGAGGCGACUGAAACUGCGCAGGACUCAGAUUUAGUGAAUGUGUUUUUUGAAGAUUUAUCUGUGUUCCAAUGGAAAAUAUUAGUUUGAAAAAUGUUCUUAACUUAUAGCAAUUUAUGAAUUUUCACUCAAAAUAAAGUACUUAAAACAUUUAACCUAAAAAUUAUUUCUUUUAUCUUGACGUGGCAUUUGACUUGUAUUCGAUACUAGUUAUGUCUCGUCAUGAAGGUGUCAGCUGUGAUUCUUGUUUGAAGGGUAACUUUAGAGGCAAGAGAUAUAAAUGUCUGGUAUGUUAUGAUUAUGAUUUGUGUGCAACAUGCUAUGAAGCUGGAGCUUCUACUACUCGUCAUAAUGCUGAUCAUCCUAUGCAAUGUAUAUUGACAAGAUCAGACUUUGAUUUAUAUUAUGGAGGGGAAGCAGCAUCUGUUGAACAUCCUCAGUCAUUUACGUGCCCUUUUUGUGGUCGAAUGGGUUUAACUGAAUCUGCUCUGACAGAACAUGUUUCUGCUGAACAUUCUGAAUCGUCUGCAGAAAUUGUAUGUCCUGUCUGUGCUUCACAACCAGGUGGUGAACCAAAUCACAUGACUGAUGAUUUUUCUGCACAUUUAGCUCUUGACCAUCGGAAUAGAGAUAUUCAAGAUGAGACAAUUAGUUCAAGACAUGUUCGAAGAAUUCCACAUGCUGGAAGAGGAAUGAGCAGCAAUCGAGCUCGGAGAUCUCAGAUGCAAUUUACUUCAGCCGGAGGCUUAGCAUCCCUUUCUCCAAAUAAUAGAGAUUCAAUGGAUCCAAUAGCUGAGCUACUUUCACAGCUAUCCUCUGUACGUCGUUCCAAUCUUGCUCAAUCGAACACUACUUCCCAACUUCAACAGCUUCAGAUGCAGUUGCAAUUGGAACGGCAGCAAGCACAAAUGGCUAGGCAGCAAUUAGAAAGAUUGCCCCGUCGCCAAACUGUGACCACAAGCAUUUCUGCUUCAGCCGGUGCAGGGGGUAGCAGUGCGCUACAAACCCAUUUUACUGUUUCUCUUGAUUCUUCUAGUCCUUCAUCGGCCUCUUCUGGACCACAGUUCCUUUUAUCAAGAUGCACUGACCCCGUCAUUACUGAAGGUGAGCAAUUAGCCCAAGAAAUUGAGCAUGCAGAACGUAGUCUAUUUGUCCAAGAACUCUUACUCAAUACAUUAGGCGAACAAUUUAAUAAUGAAGAAUUAGACAGUCUUGUUAAAGUAAUUGAUCUGAAUUCAAACGGAGAAGAGGCAAACCAAUAUCCCGAUGUUAAUGAUAAUCACGGUCCUCGGAGAGAACCCAUAAGUGCCAUAGCAGAGUCUGGUUCUCACUCUGUGCAAUCUUCUAAUGUUGAAGAAAUACGGCAACCUCGAAGCAAAGAAGAGCCUCCAGCCCAGCGUCCUCCACAACAGGGUAGGAUUCAUAAUCGCGGUGCUGGCAAUAGUUACAAUAAUCCAAUUGGAAGAGGGGGUACAUCACAACGAGCUAACAACAGGGAUGCUUUGAGCAGCGGAGGAAGACCCAUUGGUAGGACAAGUAAUAGGGAAAGGGGUACAUCGCCUACUAGGAGAAAAGCUCUAAGACAAGUAGAUGAUAGAAACAAAACUACUGAGCCUCCACCUCCUCAUUGAUAUUUAAUUUGUCUUUGAGAGAAUGAACUUGAACUGCCUCUUUUUUCAUUGUGUUUCUGAGUAAUAAGACAUUAUUAGAACUUGAGGAACUUGCUUUCUAAAAAACAAAAACUACUUGGACUAAGAGAUUACAAAAAAUAAAUAAACACUUCAUUUGGCAUGCUGUUGUUUAAUUUUUAUUCAGCAUGUUACAUGUUUAACAAUGCAGAUUUGUCCAUAUAAAAACAAAAUCCAGAUUAAGUAUUUAAAUAAAGUUAUGUUAUGAUUCACCUUUUCUCAUUGCUGAAGUACAUAUUUUUGAGUGAAAAUGGUUUGUUGCAGUAUAGUGAGAAUGUAUUUACAUACUUGUAAAGCCUUGUAUACUCUAAAUUAUAAAGUUAUGCUUUAAAAAUCAAAAUAAAUGACAACAAAAAACUGUC